AUGCGACACAUCCCUGAUUUAUAUACUGUACAUCAUCCUCAACCUCAGGUCUUCCUCCUCCAUGUUCCUCUAUUUAGUAAUGUUUUCCUUCUUCUAUCUGUGGUCUGGUCUCGGGGGGGGGAUACAUUAUUAUUAUAGUAUUUUUUUAAUCCAGUCUUAUAAACACUCCAAACAAGCUACCCGACCACUCGGAUGCGUCUGCAUUGUCCUAAAGCACACCGUUGCCUCGUUUUGUAUCACAUUCCAAUAAUAAAACUGGGGGGGGACAAAAAUGCAAUUUCAGAAUGUGGGAGAGAGCAUGCCAGCCAAAGCCAUAUUUGUGCCAGUACCUCUGAUGAUGGGACUGUUAAAUUCUGGGACACAGAUGAGAAGCUCAUAGUAAAGGAGCAUAAAUCUCACCAGCUUAGUUCCACUCUGAAACCUUCAGGAUAGUGCUGAUUCCAUCUUGUCUGUCUCUACCAGGUAUGAUGAAUUUGCUUAUGGAAAAAUACAGUUCUUCUAAGUGUAAAUAUUGUAUCUAAGUACUGUCUCAACAUUGGCCCACAGAACACCAUCACAGCCCUCCACUGCUCCCCCGGGGAGAAGAACCCUGUGGUGUCAGGGGAUGAGAAAGGCAUUGUGGUCUGCUACUGGUACAACACUGGUGAAACUCAAAGCUUCUUCCUUAAACCAAGGAAUAUCUUCUGCCUGUCCUGCUCUGCUCACAACUGA